AUGAAUUCAAUACAGUCAUCCCUGUCUCCUCGACAACAGCUGCAAAUGCAACAACAACAGCAACAACAUCUACCACAGCCACAUUUACCCGGAAUAACUUCAUUGCCCCCAAUAUCGGCUCAUCAUCACUCAUCCCAUCGUCCAUUUAAUUCCCUGCAACUGCCUCAACAACAAUACCCACAAUCGCAACGAUCGCAAUUGAAUUCAACACUACCUCCUCCGCCUAUAAUAUCUUCACAACACCACUAUCCUUUACCUUCUUUAAGGGCACCACCACCACUCACUAGUAAUGUCAACAACAUCGCCAACAACAACAACAACAACAACAACAACAACAACAACAACAAUAGUAACAACACUAAUAACAAUGCCAGUGCCUUAUCUUCAUUUCCACAAUUGACACCAACUGUAACCAAUGCCACCCAUUCAACUGUAUCUACUAUAUCAACCAUUUCAUCCUCCUCAUCAACAGAAUCGGCAGCAUCGUCAUCUUCAAACAAUACCAAUGGUUCAAAACCCAAAAGUAAACGAUCGAGUAAAGGAAGAGUAUUUCAAUGUACUGGAUAUCCUGGUUGUAAUAUGUCAUUUACUCGAAGUGAACAUUUGGCAAGACACAAGAGAAAACACACUGGUGAACGACCUUUUACGUGUCCUUAUUGUUCGAAAAAUUUCAGUAGGUUGGAUAACCUACGUCAACAUAAACAAACAGUUCAUGCUUAUGAGACUUAUUUAACCAAAGACAAGAGUGAUAGUAAAUUAUUGAUUGAACGAUCAAAAAUGAAAAAGAAGUUAAAACAAAGUGAACAAAAGAAACAACAUGAGGCAAGUUUGCAGCAACUGCAACUGCAACUGCAACAACGACAACCACAAUACACCUAUGGACAAAAUUCACCACUUCCAACUUCACAAAAUUCAAUUCCUUCAUUCAAUCAAUCUCAUUAUGGUAAUCAAAUGUAUAUGUCUGGUAACUAUCCUAUUCAAGGACAGCAACAACAACAACAACAACAACAACAACCAUCCUUACCCCAAGCUCAAACAUUUACAAGUCAGGUGCCAAUGCCGGGUGGAUAUAUGAAUGGACAGUAUCUGGUUCCAUUACAGCAAUCACAUCUGCAACUGCAUCUACAACAGUCUCAAUUUGCACAACAUUCGCCUGAUGGUCAACAACUGAUGUCACAAUCAACAUAUCACAAACCAUUACCCCCAUUGCCUCACCAAGUUGAUCAACUGCAAAGUUUGCAACAAACUACGUUGCCUCCUAUACAGAGGAAUUCAUAUGAGCAGCAACAGCAGCAGCAGCAGCACUCCCCUCCUCAGAGUAAUACAACUGUCUCCUCUGUUGAAUUGAAACUACCUACACAUACAUUCAAACCAAAAAAGAGACCACAGCCAUUAUCACUACAUCAUUCAACAUAUGAAAGUGACGAAGAUGUGGAUCUCAUGAAUGAUGAAAUCAAACUGGCACAAGUACCAGUUCCAAGAUCAGCAAUGAGUGAAGUACAUCCUGUUUCUUCUCAUAGUACAAUUAGUGGGUUAAAGAAUAUCGGUGCUAGUUUUCCACCGCCUCCUAAAUCUGCAUCAUCAGUUGCAUCAUCAACACCUAAUUUAGUAAGUCCAUUAUCACCAAUGUUUCAUAUGUCAUUUGGGUCAAAUAGUAGGACUCCAUUGUCAAUGCAACAACAACAGCUGCAGCUGCAACUGCAACAUCUGCAAAGUUCAUUAUCAGUACCUCAUCCCAGGGCAUCUUCAAUGGCCAACACUAAUGGUACAAUGAAAUCACCCUUGUCACAACAAUUUCCCCUGACCUCAACACCAACAACUCAAACACAUGAACAUAGUCGUCCCGAUAUUAUUCAUAAUGGUAACGGAACACCCAGCUUACCAUCCAUAAAAAAUCUACCAAUACCAGGUAAUUCCCUCUCAUCCAAUGGAACCACCAAUAUGAAUACGAGUACAAGUGAUGGAGAAAUGAGAGAUGUUAGAGAUACCAAUGGACAUAGCAUUGGUAGUGUGGGAAGUUUGAUACAUAACGAUGAAAGUACCAAUGUUACAAAUACUACAGAUGUUACCACUACAAGUACUGUGAAUACAACAGUGGGUGAUUCUGCCUCUUCGUCAACAGGCAAAAGCAAUUGGUUGAAAGGGGUAUUGAAUAAUGAAGAAAAAAGACAAUAG